CCCACCAGAAGCCGCGUUAUCAAGCUACUUCGUGAUCUGCCGUUGCAAUUAAGGCUCCUCCACCGUGAUUUUUUAAGCAUUUUGAGAACUUGAGCUUGUUUAUAAUAUGCCUAGAUUCAAUGGACAGCCCGUGAAGGUGGUGAUAAUCAACACUCAAUACGUGGAAACUGAUGCCAUGAGCUUCAAAUCUGUUGUUCAGAGACUCACCGGAAAAGAUUCGGUGGCGGCAGCAGGAGCGGAGCCAUCUUCUGCCUCCAAAGAGCCGACGAGGAGUGAAAUAUCCACCGUUGCUCUUCCAGUUUUUUCUCGUGGAAUGUCUUUUAUAGAUUUUGAUAGGAUGCUUAAAGAGUUGCCACCACUUGAAGAACUUUACAGGGUUUGUGCAGAAUAACAAAACCCUGUGUGUGUGUAUAUAUAUUAAUUUAUGAAUUUGAUGGUUGUACACAUAGAUAUUGAUAGCUCGGUGCGAGUCCCCUCUUUUGUGAGGAGGCUGUAUACCGAGCUGUCAAUCAUAUUUAUUCAUACACACAUUUAUGGAUUAUAUAUUUUAUUUUA